AUGAAACUACUUACGGCUUCAUUUAGCUUGUUUUUCGUGCUACACCUUGCCGGAUUGUGGUUGUUUAGCCGUGGUUUCUUAUUAAAUAGAGUCACAUUAAAUGAUAUAAGCAAUUUAGACAACACUGCACCUGAUUCUACACACUCAAAAGCCGUUAUACUUAUUAUAGACGCAUUACGACAUGACUUCCUUCUUCCUCAAAAUCCUAGUAACCCACUAUACAACGAACACUAUCAUAAUACACUUACUUUACCAUCUAAACUCACAAGGGAGUCACCAGAUAACAGCUUGUUAUACCACACUUAUGUCGAUCCACCUACAACGACGCUACAACGCAUAAAGGGUCUCACAACGGGUAGUUUGCCUACAUUCAUCGAUAUUGGCAAUGCGUUUAGCGGUACAAGCAUCGAGGAAGACAGUUUAAUUCGCCAACUGAAGAAUGCCCACAAGAAGACGGCUUUCGUUGGUGACGAUACCUGGAUGUCUGUAUUUCCGGACAGUUUUGACGAGCAGUUCCCGUAUGAUAGCUUCAACGUCGAGGAUUUGCACUCAGUUGACAAUGGUGUCACAAAGCACAUAUUCCCACUUAUAGCAAACAACACGGAUUUCAUUAUCGGUCAUUUUUUGGGCGUAGACCAUGUAGGACACAGAGUGGGACCGUCGCACGAAACAAUGUCAACCAAACUGAAACAGAUGAAUGAUGUUUUAACGAGAGUUGUUGAGGCAAUUGACGAUGACACCCUUUUAGUUGUCAUGGGUGAUCAUGGUAUGGAUAGCAGAGGAGACCAUGGAGGCGACUCAGAGCUGGAAACCUCAGCUGCUUUGUGGAUGUACAGCAAGCAGAAACCGCUUACGAACAGCAAAGCGCGUACUUUCGCAAAUAGUCUGCCUCAUCAUCAGGGACAUAGGACUAUUCAACAGAUCGACAUCCUCCCUUCACUCAGUUUAUUGCUCGGUUUGGCUAUUCCUUUCAACAAUCUAGGCGGAAUUAUUCCCGAGUUGUUCCCAAUCCCAUCAGUCCUAAGACAAGCGCAGGAUGUGACCUCUAACCAGAUUUGGAAAUACCUUAAAAGCUACGCUAAAGGACAGUCAGGUCAUGAAAUCAAGCCGUUCCUUCAAUCGUUACAGCAAAAGCUCAACCUUGCCAAAGAAGCUAAAUCGUUGGAGGAAGGUAGCUACUUCAAUAAGGACCACACAUCAUAUUACUUAUACAGCGACUUCUUUAAUAGCACUUUGCAGAGCUGUCGAUCCAUUUGGGCACAAUUUGAUGCUCUUUUGAUGCUCUCCGGUGGAUUACUUCUCUUGAUGUCUUUACCUAUCCUUGUCGGUGUUUUCAACCGCGCAGGUAGGAACUCCAGCUGUGAUUGGAUGAAGGUCGCUGUGCGGGACGCCCAGAAAGCAGCACCUUGGGCGUUAGUCGUUGCUUCUUUCUUCUCCAUCGCUCUCUUGAAAGGCAAGCACAUUGAAAGCAUCAUAUUUAUAAUAUGCUUCGCUGUCGAAUUGGCGCUAUCUUACGCAGUACCACCAUUAUCAACUCCAAAAGCCUUAGAUCUCUUCGGUAUACUCUCCCAUCUCGCUAUCUUCCUCUCCAACUCCUACGUAUUGUGGGAAGAUAGAGUCCUGCUAGUUAUACUACAAACUCCAAUUCUGUUUUCAUUAGUUAGAGCUCCAUACGCAAACCAAGCGAGGAUGAAGAAACAAUUAGCGAUCGCAUCCGCAUUGAUAGCAUUCACGCUACGCUUGAUGGCAGGCUCUACAGUAUGUAGAGAAGAACUAGGAGGAUGGUGUGCCGUUACCUUCUACGAGACAUCCUCUAGCAGUCUCUCUCCUGCUUGGGUGUACGCGACUUUAAUUCCUUCUGCAAUAGCUACCUAUUUUGUUUUGAGGUAUUCGCUCAACGUGAGUGCGUCAUUCGCUGGUUUUGCGGGAAUAUUUGUUGGUGGAUUCACACUUUCACUUGUCUUAGGGUCUUCUUACUGGUUGCUCGAUUUGCUCGAGAUGAAGACACCAAGUUAUGUGCUCAUUACUAUCAAAACCACAUUAGCACGUACAAAUAUCCUCUUCGCAGGCGUCGUAGGAUACACCUUCUGGUAUGUAUCGACACUCUGUAUCGAUAUCAAAGAGGAGAAUCGUCAGGAUGGUAAACGUGAAGUUAAAGUAUUAGGAUUUAGUAACAGUUAUGGUGCCUAUUACCUUCUGUUUAUGCUCCCGGCUUUCGCUUUAAUGUGGUUAACAAAUCUACCAACAGGACAACUCGCUUUGUUUGGCUGCUUGAUCGUUAUAUUAGUGUUUUUGGAGUUGACGGACUAUCAAAAUGAUGAGAAGGCGUUGAAUAAGUUGCUAAAACGACCAUCGAAAUAUACGAAGAAGGACGGUAAGAUGGUUGCACCGCCACAACCACGUCCAGCACUCUGGAGGUCCGCUUGGCUUGCUCAAUUGGGAUACUUGCUUUAUUACUCAACUGGUCACCAAGCUGUACUCAGUACACUCCAAUGGAAGGCUGCUUUCGUCGGAUUCCCAAAGCUAACCUAUCCAUACGCUCCUCUUUUAGUGUCAAUCAACACACUCUCAGGUUUCAUUCUCGUUAGUCUGGCGGUCCCACUUCUCGUUUAUUGGAAGGUUGCGCCUAAAGUUAAUGCAAGUCAGUCGCUAAACACAAAUAUUCUGCGAGCGGGUAGUGGAUUUGUUCUUUACAACACACUAAUCACACUCGCGACACUCAUCGCAGCUGCACAUUUUAGAAGACAUCUCAUGGUCUGGAAGGUAUUUGCACCUCGCUUCAUGCUUAAUGGGUUAGCGCUCCUUGCUACAGAUGCAACCUUACUCGCUGCCAUCUCUCUCGGUGCAUCAAUCACGUCUACGAAGGUCAGUCGAGUGUUCAAGACGACUGCAACUUAG